AUGCCUCCAAAGAAGCAAGUUGAGGAAAAGAAAGUUCUUUUAGGUCGUCCAGGUAAUAACUUGAAGGCUGGUAUUGUUGGUCUAGCGAACGUCGGUAAAUCUACUUUCUUCCAAGCCAUCACUAGAUGUCCUUUGGGUAACCCUGCCAACUAUCCAUUUGCUACAAUUGAUCCUGAAGAGGCUCGUGUCAUCGUUCCAUCUCCAAGAUUUGACACUUUGACCGAAAUCUACAAACCUGCCUCCAAGGUUCCUGCUCAUUUGACUGUGUAUGAUAUCGCUGGUUUGACUAAAGGUGCCUCUGCUGGUGAGGGUCUAGGUAAUGCCUUCUUGUCCCAUAUUAGAGCCGUCGAUUCUAUCUACCAAGUGGUUCGUUGCUUCGAUGAUGCUGAAAUUAUCCACAUCGAAGGUGAUGUCGACCCAGUUCGUGACUUGGAUAUCAUUAACACUGAAUUGAGAUUGAAGGACAUCGAAUUUUCUGAGAAGCACUUGGAGAGCAUCGAAAAAAUCACCAGAAGAGGUGGUCAAUCUUUAGAAGUUAAGCAGAAGAAGGAAGAGGCUGCUUUGGUGGAAAGAAUCAUUGAAUUGUUAAAAUCAGGCCAAAGAGUGGCAAACCACAGUUGGACUCCUAAGGAAGUUGAGGUUAUCAACUCGAUGUUUCUUUUAACUGCUAAGCCAUCCAUUUACUUAAUCAACUUAUCUGAAAAGGACUUCAUAAGAAAGAAGAACAAGCACCUUUUGAGAAUCAAGGAAUGGAUUGACAAGUACUCUCCAGGUGAUCUGGUGAUCCCAUUCUCUGUUUGUCUUGAAGAAAGACUUUCGCACAUGAGUGAUGAGGAAGCCGAAGAAGAAUUGAAGAACUUGGGUGUGCAAUCUGCUCUACCUAAGAUUAUUACAACCAUGAGACAAAAGUUGGACUUGAUCUCUUUCUUCACAUGUGGUCCUGAUGAAGUCCGUGAAUGGACCAUCAGAAAAGGUACCAAAGCCCCACAAGCAGCUGGUGUUAUUCACAACGAUUUGAUGAACACUUUCAUUUUGGCCCAAGUGAUGAAGUAUGAGGAUGUCAUUGAAUACAAGGAUGAAGUUGCCAUAAAAGCUGCAGGAAAAAUGCAACAAAAAGGUAAAGAUUACGUUGUAGAAGACGGUGAUGUAAUUUACUUCAGAGCAGGUGCUGGUAAGAACUAG